GGGGAGGGGAGGGGAGGGGGGGGCGGCGUAACCAUCCAUGACAGCAGCGGGGCCGGGCAGCCCGGGAGGAUGGCGGACGGGGGAUCUGGUGGGAGCUGGUGGGGAAGUUGGCUUCAGGACAGUUUGCAAUCAGUGAAAGAAAAGUCUACUGAAGCUUUGGAGUUUAUGAAACGGGAUCUUGCGGAGUUUUCACAUGUGAUACAGCAUGAUACAGCAUGCACCAUUGCUGCUACAGCUAAUGCCGUGAAAGAAAAGUUAAGCGCGGAAGGUUCUUCAGGAGCAGGGCAGCAGGUUAAAAAGGGCUUAUCGAAUAUUUUGGGAGUCCUUUCAGAUACAUUUGCUCCGCCUCCAGACAAAACAAUCGACUGUGACGUUAUAACACUACUCGCAACGCCAUCUGGUACGACAGAAAUUUAUGACAGUACAAAGGCUCGUCUUUAUACUCUCCAGACUGAUCCAGCAACAUACUGCAAUGAGCCCGACGGUCCCCCAGAACUCUAUGACGAGUGGGUUGUUGAAUUCAAUCUUGAAGAGCGGAAAGGGGAGAUCUCAGACCUGUUGGUUAGCAGUCCUUCAGUACGAGCACUUUAUACCAAAAUGGUACCAGCAGCCGUGUCCCAUUCAGAAUUCUGGCAUCGCUACUUUUAUAAGCUCCAUCAGCUUGAACAGGAAGAGGCCAGGAGAAUAGCAUUGAAACAAAGAGCAGAGCAGAUAUCACAGUCGGAGGAGCUGAGGUGGGAAGAAGAGGAGGAUGAAUUUAUAGGUUCUUCUCCUACCAGGACAGAUUUACAACAUGUUCAGAAUAGGUCCUUAUUGUCUGUGGAAUUCCCACUUCCAAGAUCUAGUGUGGCAAAAGUGGAUGAACUUGAACGCAAGGACGAUGCUGACAUGACACAAACGCCAGCAGUUCUCCAGUCAGUCAGUUUUGACCUCAGUCCCACAGAGCCUCAGUUGAAGAACCAAGUUUCGACUUCCAGCGAGACCUCCAGAUCUGAAGAGACAGUGAAAGAAAUUGUAAAGGAUUUAACAGAAACCAGCUCGGAGCUGGUGGUGGAACAGGAGCUGAACUCCAAGGUUCCUGAGUCUCGGGAGAAGCUUUCUACUGUGGAUAAAGAGACCGAUGGUUCAGCAACAGAAACUGAGACAGAAACAAGAGCAAGCGGUGAUGUUAUUGGAGCCGUGAUCGAGGCCAAGGACAGUAACAGACCCGGGACUAUCAAAGAUGAGGGGCCGGUGGAUUUGAGAGUGUAUGAACUGAACUCAGACAGUGGGAAAUCCACACCUUCCAAUAAUGGAAAGAAAGGUUCCAGCACAGACAUCAGUGAGGACUGGGAAAAAGACUUUGAUCUGGAUAUGACAGAGGAGGAGGUCCAGUUAGCACUGUCUCAGGUGGAUGCAUCAGGACAGCUGGAAGAAGACUGGGAGAAUUGGGAAUAAAAUGGACCUGGACUUCAGUUGACUCUUCGAUCGUUUCAUGCUGAUAAUGUAAUGAGCAUUGUGUUUAUAUUCUUUGCCUGUCAUGCCAAUACAGGUGUCAGUAAGCUGGAUAUCACCUUUUAUACUGCAUGUAUCAUAUAGCGGGCUUCGUAGCAUGUAAUUACAGAGAACUGGAGCAUGGUAUAUAUUUCAUUUUUGUUUAGACUAAAGUUCUUAUUCGGUGACGGACAUAGUUGCUACUAUAGUUUCUAAUGGUGUUCUGUUUUCAAGUGAUUAACAGCUGGUUGGUUGUGCAAUAUACAGUCUACUGAAGAUUCUCUGCAUUUUGAGCAGCAUUUUCUAGCGGACAGAAAUGGGAAAGCGUUAGAUUUGUAAUUUGAAUUGCGUCAGACCUUCUACAAAUUUCCAGUUGCUUCUGUUAAUUCACACAGGGUUAAUGGACAAAUGGUUUUGGUGUUCCAGCACUUUGUAAAAUAAAUCGAAAAUUUUCACUAAAGCACUAAUUGGAAAUUGAAUUUCUCCAUUUGCUUCAGUGGGGAUGGAGUAAACAUGUACAACUGGCUGCUUCCCGGUAGUGUUGAUUAUUGGUAGCUCUUAAUGCUGAAAAUAUUUUUUUAAUUUGAAAGUUGCGUAGAACCUGUCGUAGACAUCCACAAAUUGGUGUCCUGUGAAUUUUGAAUUGGAAUAUUCUGAUCAAAAAUCCCUCGGCAAAUUUCUUAUUUAAAGCACUAUUUCAAUUUGCAUUAUUUUAUCUGUGAGGUACACGUGAGCCUGGCAGAAGGUUCUGGCAAAUGGUCGUGACAUUUUGUAGGCUUUCAACUGACCUCGAGAUGGAGACUGGAAGAUGAGUGCUUUAUCCCUUUGGUGAAGUGAUGAGUGAAGAAGGGGAAAUUAUUCACGGUUCACUUCACUGUGGGUAUUGUUCCUGUCACUUUAAUUCAACAUUUGAUAUCAUUUUGGGGGCUGAACCCACUUUUUAUUUUGACUAAAGGAUAUAGCGCCCUGCUAUAGAGGAUAAACUCUGAAGGGGUGAUGACAAUUUGAAAACGAAAUGGUCUGAUACGUUCUGAAAUGUGCAUUACUCGAGAGCAAUAGAAAGUGCUGAUUAUAAUUGCUAGCUACUCGCUAGCUGUGCCUUUCUCCAGAGAAGUGUGUCAUUACCUGAUCUGAUCAAUAAUGUUGAACUGUUCAUUGGUUAUUAACAUGUACGGAGCUAUGAAUGGGCAAACACAACACAACUGAACGUUGAUUCUCUAAUAUCCUUGCAGCCUUGUUGUUACAGUGUGAGACAAGUGAUGUAGAGAUGAAAACUGGGACAGUAACGCACUCCAGUAAAGGCAGGAUCAGCUGGAACGAAGAUUAUAAAAAUAAUGAUUUAUUCUUUCUGUAACGAAAACUCUACGGUAGAAUGCUGCUGUUCUGGCACACAGUAAAUUGAGAAGCUACACGAGCGAUAAUCUCUUGUAUGGUGUAAUUGCAUAAACAUUGCUGUCAUCUCAAUUACUUCAUUUGUUUCAGAUCUUGCACAAAUGUUUCAAUUUAACACCAAAAUUAGUAGAUUAUUUGCUUUUUUUUUGCAACCUUGAAAGAACAUUGUUGAUUGACUUGUAACCUGUGGUCACGUCAAUUAAAUUUUUAAUCCAAAUUCUAUAUUUUAUUAAUGUGCUGCACAAACAUACGAUGAAUUGAUAACUUGGAAAACGUGGGGUGUGGAGUAACAUAAGCUCCUGCCCCUGUAAUUGCAUCUCAAAGAUAUAACUUAUGAUUUUUAUCUCCCCAAAACUCAUUGCUCCGUUCUGCAAUUCUAUACUUAGCCUUUGAAAUUCAUUCUAAAUGUUGAAACCAUCCUCGCAGUCGAUCUGUAUAAUAAAUAGUCUGUGCUUGUACAUAUCACUACAAUAAAAAUGUUUUAUCAAAUCUUCAUUAAA